ACUGUAUUUAUAUGUACACUGGAUUAACACAAGAUCAACUAAGAAUGAUAUGUACAUCAGUAUAUAUAUUAGUGUAAGCUAUGUCACGAAUCCAGUGUGUAAAUAAAUGUGCGCUGUGUAUAAACAGUGUAACUAAAAUACAAUGUACAGUAGUAUAAAUAAUUAUUAUGAUGUGCUAUGUCGGGGAUAAAGUAUUUAAAUAGACAGUGUGAAACGGGAAGUGAUCUGUGGUUCAGUGUGUGUGUGUGUGUGUAUGUGCGUGUGUUUGUGAUUAUGAGGUGUGUGUGUGAUUAGUGUUUGUGUGCAUCACCUGGUAGAUGGCUAGUGAUGGCUGAUGGCCUGGUAAUAGAAACAGUUUUUUAGUCUCUCUGUCUUAGCUUUGAUGCACCUGUACUGUCUCUGUCUGUCGGAUGGUAGCAAAGUGAACAGUCUGUGGCUCGGGUUGCUGAGGUCCUUAAUGAUUUUCUUGACCUUCCUUUGACACCGGGUGCUGUAGAUUUCCUGGAGGGCAGGCAGCGUGCCCCGGGUGAUGCGUUGGACUGCCCGCAUUACCCUCUGGAGAGCCAUGCAGUUGAGGGCGGAGCAGUUGCCGUACCAGGCGGUGAUGGAGCCUAACAAAAUGCUCUCAAUGUUGCAUCUGUAGGAGUUUGAGGGUCUUAGGGGCAAUGCCGAAUUUCUUCAGUAACCACGAUGACGGUGUGCCGAGACCAUUUCAGGUCCUCAGUGAUGUGCACGCCGAGGAACUUGAAGCUUUUGACCCUAUCCAAGUAUUGCCUCUGUCUCUGGUUCUCCAGUGUUACCUUGAAAAUGAAGUCCCCAUGGAUCCCAUGCUGUCUUGGUCUACUGUUGUUGUUUGACGUGUGCUGUGCCUUGAAUGAUGACAAAAGGCCUAAUUUUGUCCUGAUGAUGGUCGACGACUUGGGGAUUGGAGACUUGGGCUGCUAUGGGAACACAACCUUGCGGACCCCCAACAUCGACAUGCUGGCUCAGGAGGGGGUGAGGCUGACGCAGCACAUCGCUGCUGCCCCCCUCUGUACGCCCAGUAGGGCAGCCUUUCUGACAGGCCGAUACCCAAUACGAUCUGGUAUGGCUGGCCUUGGACAGUUAGGGGUGUAUGUUAUCUCUGCUGCAUCUGGCGGUCUUCCCAGUGAAGAAGUCACCUUUGCCAAGGUCGCCAAACGACAGGGCUACGAGACUGCUCUCAUAGGAAAAUGGCACCUUGGUCUUAACUGUGAGAGGAACGACGACUACUGUCACCACCCCAGUGCUCACGGCUUCGACCACUUCUACGGUAUAACCCUGACCAACCUGCGUGACUGUCAGCCCGGCCACGGCUCCAUCUUUACCAAUGUCCAAGCACACAUACCCUUCAAGACCCUGGGAGUGGGUGUGGCUACCGUGACCCUCCUGCAUGCGAGGGGUGUGGUCACAGUGCGGAGGAAGUUGGUGCUGAGUGUGGUGGCGUUGGUGGGCGCGGUGGCGGCCAUCUUUGGUACAUUCGUCAUCACGUUCCCUAACUUCAACUGCUUUCUGAUGAGGAACCGGGAGGUGGUCGAGCAGCCAUAUGUCUCAGAGAACCUGACCCAGAGAAUGACAGAUGAAGCAGUGGACUUUUUAGAAAGGAACUCUGCACUACCCUUCCUGUUGUUCUUCUCCUUCAUUCAAGUGCACACGGCCAUGUUUGCAUCACCAGCCUUCCAGGGGACCAGUCAGCACGGUAUCUAUGGAGACGCUGUUCAUGAAGUGGACUGGAGUGUUGGUCAGCUCAUGCAGACUCUGGAGCGGUUGAACCUGAAGGAGAACACACUGGUUUACCUGACCUCAGACCAGGGGGCGCACCUUGAGGAGAUCUCAGUCUGGGGGGAGGUGCACAGAGGCUGGAACGGCAUCUACAAAGCAGGGAAAUCCACCAACUGGGAGGGGGGGAUCCGAGUUCCAGGACUGCUUCGUUGGACUGGGAUGUUACCUGCAGGGAAAGACAUUGAUGAACCCACCAGCAACAUGGACAUCUUCCCUACUGUGGUGAAGCUAGCCGGAGGGAUGGCACUGGGGGACAGAGUGAUAGACGGUCAUGACCUCAUGCCCCUGCUGCAGGGGGAAGUUGAGAGAUCAAAGCAUGAGUUUCUCUUCCAUUACUGUAAUGCCUACCUCAACGCUGUCAGGUGGCAUCCUCCCAACAGUUAUUCAAUAUGGAAGGUGUUCUUUUUCACUCCGGACUUCUACCCCGAGAACGGAACAGCCUGCAUGCAUACCCAUGCCUGUUUCUGCACCGCAUCCUACGUGACCUACCAUGACCCCCCUUUGCUCUUUGACCUCUCCCGCGACCCCUCGGAGACCACGCCCCUGACCCCAGACACGGAACCCACCUUCCACUCGGUCCUGGAGGAGAUCCGGGCUGCGGUGGCCCUCCAUAAGGAGUCCAACCCCGUUCAGGACCAGCUCGCCCCAGGACACCUCCUAUGGAAGCCCUGGCUGCAGCCCUGCUGCUCCUCCCUGUCCCAGCUCUGCAGGUGUGAGAGAGAUGGUGGGAGAGACGGCCACCGGAGCACUGUAGAGGCAGACUCUCCACAGGAUCAGCACAUCAUUGCUUAACACUGCGGGGAGGGUAACGUAGGAACCCAGAACCAAUCUUUUAGUGUGUAUGUAAACAAUCUGUGACAAGAGACUAACGGGAGGGAAAAUACCCCCAUUUUUACUGGGCUUGUUGGUAGAAGUGACCUGGAUCUACUUUACAUGUGUGUGUGACCGACUGGGGCAUCUGUAAUAACAUACAUUUGAGUAUUUGCCCUCUCAGGAACACAUCCAUUAAAAUGUACAGUAAAUUGUGUUGCCUAUGCUUGCUCCCUGAGGGGGUUAUGCCGAGGCUGCUAUUUUGACUUAAAUGUAUUUUAAAGCACUUUGUGACAAAUGUAUUUGUAAAAAAGCGCAAUAUGAAUCAAAUGUGAUUGUUGAGGCCAGUCCUCAUAUAUACAGUAAAGAGGAUAUAUAGCAGAGAAACCUAGCACAUUGUAUAGGAUAGCAGAGCAACUCAAUGCACUGAUUACCACAAGGUCCAUUUCUAGCCAUAUGCUCCUGGGCGCUACAAUAACCCUGUGUUACCCUUGUAGAGUACAGAUGAUCAUUUAAUCACUGUUCAUCAUUUGUACUCUACAGGGUCUCUGUAAAAGGCAUCUGUUCAUCCAAGCAGCAAUGAAACUGAGUGGACAACCAACAUGAACAGACAUGGCUGUAUUAACAAAUAGAGCUGUAUUAAGAUGUUCAGCAGAGCUGCGAUGUCUAAUGCCAGCAGUCAGUACAGUCAGCCAGAGUCCCUGAGUCACACACGGCUCAUCCCCCUGUGGCCACAGCCCGCAGCAGAUCUUCAUUACCCAGACUAGCUUUAAGUUUAGCUCUUCAUUUGAUCUCAGAUUUCUGUGACAUUUAGUUAAUAUGUAUCUUAUUCUCCCUUUAACUCUAUAUCCAGCAGUCUAUUUGUCACAGACUACCAUUAGCAAAUCUCUGAAUAUUAAAGAGUGCUCUUUC